GGGAAGGGCAGAGUUGUGCAACAUUGGGUGUGGCUAUCUUCCAGAGGGGAAACGAUAAGCAGAGCUAGCUUGGUGGAACUCACUACACUCUUUCCCUUGCUCACACACUCUGCAUAUACAAACACACACAAACACACACAAACUCCUGAACCCAAUCAGUCUCACUCUGACUGGACGAAGAGAAGGGAGUGGGAACAGCAAGUCUGAGAGAGCAACCGCGUGCCAGCACAGAGAAACAAGAGAGUGAGGGAACAACCAAAAAAGAAAUUAGACAUGAAGGACAAAGUGAAGAGAGGAGGAGGAGAUCAGGGAACGUCAGGUGAGAAAGAACGACCUUGCUCUGGUGUCUGUUUCACAACACUCUUCUCUCUUUCACUUUCUCCCACUUCCUUGUUUUUCCAUACGGUCUCUCUCUUUUUCUCUGCUGUUCCAGACUGCCCUACAGAGGGCUGUUGUAGCACUGCUGGUCUGCUGUAGCCUGGUUCCAAUUCAGUCAAACUGUUGUUUUCUUGCCAAAUGUGCUGGUCUGCCAAAGCAACAGUAACAGUGUGGUAUUGUUGAAGGCAGGUAGAGAAUAAUGACCGGAGUCCUGGUUGUAUAGUUUUCAACAUUUAAGCCAUUUAGCAGACGCUCUUAUCCAGAGCGACUUACAGGAGCAAUUAGGGUUAAGUGCCUUGCUCAAGGGCACAUCGGCAGAUUCUUCACCUAGUUGGCUCGGGGAUUAGAACCAGAGACCUUUCGGUUACUGGCACAACGCUCUUAACCACUAAGCUACCUGCCGCCCCGACACUACCAAUUGCUAAGCCAUGUUGAUGAAGGAAACAAUGAAGGAAAUGUUCACCUGUCUGAUUUUUGAAGUCAUCAUCAUGACAUUCCUAGGAGAUGCAGGAAUGUACAUAAUACAUCAUCUCUGCUCUGUGUCAUUCCUCUUCAUCACACCACAUGUCUCUCUGCAUGCUACAGUUUAUUGUGCCCUUAGUCCAAGGGGGGCUUUUCUCCCUCUUCCUUGCUUGCACACACACACACACAUACACACACACACACACACCUCUUUCCAUACUUGUGUAGCAUAUUUCUCAUGGCAAUGACCCAAGUAACUAAAUACGCACACAUCUGCCUCUGUGUUACCCUCACCCAAUACAGGGGUGGUGUGUAUAGAAUGAGGGCAUUUGUGUGUUUUCUCAUGGAUCCAUACCUGUGUAGUGAGUGAUGGUUUGUGUGUAUGUGUGUGUGGGGGGGGGGGGGGGUGUAUCUCCCCUGUGAGUAUGCAUAUCACCAACCUCUAAUAUAAUGGUACAACCAGAGCUGUAGAGUUGUCAGACUUGGUUAGGCAGUAAAAGGUCAAAACUAAUUAAUUAUAGUAAGAGUUCAACCUGGAAUGUGUUGGGAGUGUAAACCUUCAUCAAGUAGGAAUGUUAGUGGUAUGUGUGUGUGUGUGCGUGCGUGCGUGUGUUGGUGUGUGUGUGUAUGAGAGAGAGAGAGGAGGGCAGAUGUUAUUGGCUACAGGUCUGGUGGCUCUUGGCCGGUGGAGUCGAGGGGAGUAAAAAAACAAGAAAAAAAGCGGCAAAGGUACUGUUUGUCCAUUUAGAGACGCCGUAGCCAAAAUAGUCAGAAUUAAUCUAAGAUAACCUAACUGUUUUGCGGCUGGGAAGCAUUAUGGCGUCUGCAUGCUUCCCAGCCGAAACAGUUCGUAAGAGUUUUGUGACGUUUUCUGUUCGUUUUGGACUUCAGUAAGGGUUUUUUCGGCUGUUCGGGCACACAAGAUUUGUUCUCGAGGCAAGCCGAAGUCGGUAGCCGAAGUCUACGCCCCUUCGUAGGUGAUUGGUCAACAGGAAGGAUUCUUCAAUAAAGUCUUUGUUGUAAUUCAACAAGAGACGACUCGUUUUCAUUAGUUAGAUGUAGAAUUGCGCGACUAAUAUCUCCUCAGCAAAAACAUCAAAAUGAAUGAUAGAUUUCUUGAGUUAUAUUGAGUUGUUUAUUUGUCUGAGAAAAAAACACUUUUCAACCUAUAUGAUCUAGUACACAAUAAAAGUAUAAUAAAACAUAUACAAAUAUGAUGAUGUGACAAAUAAUAAGAAUGAAUAAGCCUUUUCAUACUUUAUAAUAUGUCCAUAAAUAGUUAUAAUCUGUUUUAGGAACAUCUACCCAAAAUAUUUCACAUUCUUUAUUACUUUACCAAACAUAUCAUGACAUUAGCAGUCAAAAUCUGUAAAAUUUGUGAACGUCUAAAUCAACAUUUGGGCCAUUAAACAGCGUGCAUCCCUCCUAUAGACAAGGGGAGAAGGGCUAUGUAAACGGCUCGAUUUUGUCGUUCUGAGCCUAUGCAAUGUGUCUGCCUCCGACACAUUAUUUUUUGAAUUCCAUACAAAAUUACUUCUUAACUUAUUUUAGGUUUAAGAAAGUGUGUAGGUCGCAUUCUUUACAGUAGCACUAUUCAAGUUAUGUAUUUAGAUCCGCCUGCUCGAGACAAAUUCAGCGAUUGCUUUGCCAUGUCUGCUCCGUGAAGCAGUCGAGUUGGAUAAAUGUUUUUCUAAGGACCGCCCCUUUGACAUGACUUCGCAGUGAAAUGAUAUAAAUUGAUGUAAUGAUGCAGCUGACCACCAGAGGGAGGCAAAUACACGUUUAUUUGACAGAGGUCCUUUACAUGGUCCUAGGAUGUCUGGAUUUGUGUCUUCUGACCUAUAAAAUGGUGGAAAACCAAUCCAAUAAGUCAUGUAAACAUAUACAUAUAAUUCUAGUGCCCAAUUUUGGGGACUGUCAGUUUAAGAGGUUUUGUGUAAGUGCACUGUCCAUGCUGUAGUACUUGAACAGGUCUGUGUGUGCCAUAGACUAUAUGGUGUGAGAGUGUGUGUCGGUGUGUGUGCGUGUGUGUCUGUGUGUCUAUGUGUUGGUGAGUGUGUGUAGGCAUUCACAUGCCAGUGUUGGGUGUGGCAGUCCCUUACCCCUGAAGUGACAUCACUGCUUCAAGGCAAAUACUGCCAGCUCAGACACAGACCCACCCCUCACACAUGCUGGGUCCUGCUCUUGUCUGUGUGUACAGUGGGGGAAAAAAGUAUUUAGUCAGCCACCAAUUGUGCAAGUUCUCCCACUUAAAAAGAUGAGAGAGGCCUGUAAUUUUCAUCAUAGGUACACGUCAACUAUGACAGACAAAAUGAAAAAAAAAAAUCCAGAAAAUCACAUUGUAGGAUUUUUAAUGAAUUUAUUUGCAAAUUAUGGUGGAAAAUAAGUAUUUGGUCAAUGACAAAAGUUUCUCAAUACUUUGUUAUACACCCUUUGUUGGCAAUGACACAGGUCAAACGUUUUCUGUAAGUCUUCACACACUGUUGCUGGUAUUUUGGCCCAUUCCUCCAUGCAGAUCUCCUCUAGAGCAGUGAUGUUUUGGGGCUGUCGCUGGGCAACAUGGACUUUCAACUCCCUCCAAAGAUUUUCUAUGGGGUUGAGAUCUGGAGACUGGCUAGGCCACUCCAGGACCUUGAAAUGCUUCUUACGAAGCCACUCCUUCGUUGCCCGGGCGGUGUGUUUGGGAUCGUUGUCAUGCUGAAAGACCCAGUCACGUUUCAUCUUCAAUGCCCUUGCUGAUGGAAGGAGGUUUUCACUAAAAAUCUCACGAUACAUGGCCCCAUUCAUUCUUUCCUUUACACGGAUCAGUCGUCCUGGUCCCUUUGCAGAAAAACAGCCCCAAAGCAUGAUGUUUCCACCCCCAUGCUUUACAGUAGGUAUGGUGUUCUUUGGAUGCAACUCAGCAUUCUUUGUCCUCCAAACACGACGAGUUGAGUUUUUACCAAAAAGUUAUAUUUUGGUUUCAUCUGACAUUCUCCCAAUCCUCUUCUGGAUCAUCCAAAUGCACUCUAGCAAACUUCAGACGGGCCUGGACAUGUACUGGCUUAAGCAGGGGGACACUUCUGGCACUGCAGGAUCUGAGUCCCUGGCGGCGUAGUGUGUUACUGAUGGUAGGCUUUGUUACUUUGGUCCCAGCUCUCUGCAGGUCAUUCACUAGGUCCCCCCGUGUGGUUCUGGGAUUUUUGCUCACUGUUCUUGUGAUCAUUUUGACCCCACGGGGUGAGAUCUUGCGUGGAGCCCCAGAUCGAGGGAGAUUAUCAGUGGUCUUGUAUGUCUUCCAUUUCCUAAUAAUUGCUCCCACUGUUGAUUUCUUCAUACCAAGCUGCUUACCUAUUGCAGAUUCAGUCUUCCCAGCCUGGUGCAGGUCUACAAUUUUGUUUCUGGUGUCCUUUGACAGCUCUUUGGUCUUGGCCAUAGUGGAGUUUGGAGUGUGACUGUUUGAGGUUGUGGACAGGUGUCUUUUAUACUGAUAACAAGUUCAAACAGGUGCCAUUAAUACAGGAAACGAGUGGAGGACAGAGGAGCAUCUUAAAGAAGAAGUUACAGGUCUGUGAGAGCCAGAAAUCUUGCUUGUUUGUAGGUGACCAAAUACUUAUUUUCCACCAUAAUUUCCAAAUAAAUUCAUUAAAAAUCCUACAAUGUGAUUUUCUGGAUUUUUUUUCUCAUUUUGUCUGUCAUAGUUGACGUGUACCUAUGAUGAAAAUUACAGGCCUCUCUCAUCUUUUUAAGUGGGAGAACUUGCAGAAUUGGUGGCUGACUAAAUCCUUUUUUUCCCCACUGUAUGUGUCGGGGAACCUCUAACUUUCCUCCUCCUCUCUCUCUCUCUGGCACACUACACACUCACACACACUCUCUCUCACAGCGACAUUAUGGCUAGCUACUGUGUCAUCUUGAAUAAAAAACACAUCCCACUGUAACGCAACCGUCUGAUAUAUAAUGUUUCUGCGACCAUAAUUCACCUGAACAUGUCCAGGGGUUAGGGUUUGUUCUAAAUAAUCUGAUUGGCAUGUUAAUUCCCUCCUUUAAUCAGAUGCACUCACACUGACCAUUGGGAAAACAGCUGCGGGUAUGAAGCAGGAAGACAACCCAUCAUUCCUUGUGAAGAUCCAGGGGGCAGGAGUAGAACCAUUUGAGCUGCAGGUAAAACAAAGAGAGACACUAACACAUGGUAACCAAUGAUUUAUAUAAACCCUGGAUUGCUGAUGCUAUGUAUUGGCCAUUGAGGGGCUUUGAAGCCACCUGUCAGCUGUAUUGGCACUCCCCAGUAGGAGCAGUCCUCCAUAGGAAUGAAUGGAAUUCUACAGUAUUAAAUUUAUUUAAGUAUUUUUUUGUUGUAGUGGGGACAGUAACAUUAGUAAAAUAAAAAAAUAAUACUUUAAGGAAAAUGUUUUUAUAUGUUCUUUCAUUUUAAAAAAAUGUUUAGCUCACAUAAUACAAUUUAAAAGUAUGCAUUAAGGUGUCUGUAAUAGAAUAAAUGUGGCAAAAAGAAUAUAGACAUUAAUACAUUAAUUUUUAUAGCAUACAAAAUAUUUUUUACAAUGGUGGGGGAGUGCUAAAAUGGAGGCAUGGUGGCUUCAACACAGCGCCCCCUAUCAAUCAUAUAGUGUAUAUAUAAAUAAAUGAUUGAUAGUCACACACGCUACACAUUCUCACACAUUGGGCCUGGACCGAAAACAACCCAGAGCCCCCUGUCCUCUAGGUUAUGCACAUCUGACGGAACUGGAUACAGUAGGUGCAGUGUUUCUUCUUGUUUCUACCGAUAUCCAACAGGAGUGUAGGGUGGGACAUUGAAUAGUACCACAACGGGUACAGACCUGCAGUGAGGGUGGAACAGGAGGUGAAAGGGACCAAAAUUAUCACACCAUUCAUUCAUAUCACACCAGUGAAUACAUACCAUUAGGCCACAGCCAAUCUAAAUGUGCAUCAAAUCAAAUUUUAUUGGUCACAUACACAUAUUUAGCAGAUGUUUUGCGGGUGUAGUGAAAUGCAAACUUGUUAAGUAUAAUAAUGCCAAGCAAAGUUCACCCACUAACUAUUCUAAAGGACCACUAUAUCUUGUGUAAUAAACAGUCAAGUGCAUGUAUGUGCAUGUAUGGCCAAGCCUGUAAAAGUGUUUAUUAAUUUGAGUUUAUUGACGCACCCGUGUGUCAAUCUAAGUAACAUAAUAAAAAAAUCCCCAUAAAAAAUCCCUCAAUUUAAGCUAGAGAUAUAUGGAUAAUCGAUCGAAUCCACCUAUGUUGGCCUUCCGCAUCUGCUGUGGAAGGUGGCCGAGCUACUAACCUUGUCUCAGAGCAUUUCGUAUUAUCUGCUGUGGAAGGUGGCCGAGCUACUAACCUUGUCUCAGAGCAUUUCGUAUUAUUCUGUAUGUAAAUCCGAAUAAUUAAUUAAAUUAAUAUAUCAUUUAGCAGACGCUUUUAUCCAAAGCGACUUACAGUCAUGUGCGCAUACAUUUUUACGUAUGGGUGGUCCCGGUGAUCGAACCCACUACCCUGGCGUUACAAGCGCCAUGCUCUACCAAUUGAGCUACAGAGGACCUGAAUCACUUUAUUUAGUAUGAUAUGUUAUGUUUCGUAUGGUAUGUAUUAAUUUGUGAAUGUCCAUCACUGAUUUCAUAUGAUAUAUUACGAAUUACAAUUCGGAUUAUAUGUUAAGAAUUUGCAAAAUGUACAAUAUGUUUAUGAAUUUGCAAAAUGUACAAUAUGUUAUGAAUUUGCAAAACGUAUGGUAUGUUACGAAUUUGAAAAACGUAUAUGUUAUAAAUUCUAGUGUUGUGUUGAGAAAAUGUUGCUAAUUAUGCUGUGAGACCAAGGAGAACCGCUGACGCUGUAUUUUGAUCAUAAAGGUUUAUUCAUAUCAAAGGGUUACAGCGUCGAUUUACAGAUACCUGCAGAUAUCUGGAGAAUAAUCGCCCCAUCUCAAAUAUGAUUAUUCUGUCUUCCUUUGUCUUAACUGUGGUAUAUAUCCUAUGUAAUCUGAUAUGGGUGGUUCUUCCUACCAACCAAUCCCCUGUCUCCACACAACAGACUUCCUCUGUUCUAUGAGGUGUCCCCCUAAAACUACUCCCCAGAUGCUCCCUCUAAGCUGAAUAAACCUCCUCUCAGGUUCCAUUUGAAAACGUUAGCAAAGUCAUAAUUCCUCAGAUACUACACUAGCUAGGUGGCUAACGUUAGCUAACUCGCUAACGUUAGCUAGGCUAGGGGUUGGGGUUAGGGGACGGGUUAUCGAACAUGCUAAGUAGUUGCAAAGUAGCUAAAAAGUAGUAAGUAGUUGAAAAGUUGCUAAUGAGCUAAAAUGCUAAAGUUGUCAUUGAUGAGAUUCGAACUCGCAACCUUUGGGUCUUAUGUAACCAUACCAAAUGUAACAUUUCAAACUAAAUGGAAUGGCUCAGAUUCACGUACAGAAUACACUGCAGCUACAGCAGUGUUUGUCUGGCAAUGUUUUCUAACCGUUUAGGCUACAAACUAAUAUAACUCCACUGUGGAAAGGGGAGACUCUCACGAACACGAUGGUGUUCUCCGUUUUGCUCUACGACCCCCCACAAGUGUCACAGGACUCAUCUGAAUGUAACCCAUACAAAUGAAUGGAAGUAUGGAGGUAGUUUUGUGCCAACAAAAAUAAAAUGUUCAAUAUGUGUCCAAAAAACUAAAAUAUUUCCUGAGCUUAUUCCUUAUGAUAAAAAAAUACAUUCAUUGUGUGUAUCUCCAUAGGUCCAUGGUUUCUGGCUGGUUCAGGAGGCUGUGAUGGCAGUGUUGGGGAGAGAGGAGGUGUUUCCUCGCUCCAGCCUCUCAUUGGCCCUCUCUGGGAUGACCCUUGACCCCCUGACGGAGCUGCAGGGCCUGAAGAACCUCAGACCAGGAGCCACGCUCCGCCUGGUGGAGGGUAGGAGAAUAACUACAUUACACACAAUACUUUCUCUCUCUACCACUGCUGACUCAGUUGACAUCAGAGUCUUGGAUAGGUUGAGAACAUCAAAGUAGCAGGCUUGACACAGGGAUAACCUUUCUGCCAACCAGACUGCUUUUCUGUCUGAAUACGAAACAGCCAGGGUAAAACCCAGCAGCAUGGCAGGUCUAUGCCUGUGUGUGUAUGUGAGGUAGAGAGGAGAGAGAGAGAGAGAGAGAGAGAGAGAGAGAGAGAGGGGUAUGUGUGUGUAUGUGCGUUAGUUCGUGCAUCCAUGCGUUCAUGCGUUUGUGAGUUCAUAUGUUCAUGUAUGUGUGUGUGUGCGUGCAUGUGAAAGCGGGACAGGUCAGUGCCUGUAGAACUAUAACAAUUAACCAUCGUGCCCAUUGGAAUAUGUCUUGUAUUCUGUCCUCUGUUCUCCAGAGCCGUACUCCCCCAGGUCUGCAAAGGUUCAUCUGGCUCGUGUGCUGGAGCUGUUGAGAGCUGUUGGGCCAAACAACGCUCUGAUAGAGGGACGAUCACCUAGCCUCCUGGACACACUGACACACAAACACUCUAAAGGUACACACAUGCGCGCACGACAUGCAGACAAACAUGUUAACACGUACAAACACACACACUCGUCAUAUCUUCUGGGUAACUGUUCCUAUCCAGCUCGAAGGACCAUGAAAAAGAGCCCCUCCAUUCAUGCAGCUUAGAACCCUAACAAACAUAUGGCCCAUUCUCCUCUCUUUCUGCAUGUUUUGUAGACUCUGCUGUCCCAGCCAAUGGGAAAGGCCUGAAAUGCUCGUCCAGCAACACAAAGACUGACCCGGCCAAUCAGGAUGGAGCUCCUCCUGAGUACCUCCUCCCUGGAGCCGCUGAGAGACCACUACUGGCCAUGCUGCCUCACAACACUCAGCCAGAGGUACACACACACAAACACACACAUGCAUGCACACGCACGCACACAAACACACACACACACACACACAUACACACACACACACACACACACUCUUCUCGCUCUGACUCUGUGCCUCUCUCCUAAGGUUCCCAGUUUUCUGCAGGACCUGUCACUCAGCUGUUGGAACCCGCCCCCUGGGCACAGAAAGCUGCAAGGGGACUUCCUGUACAUCACUGUGGUGACCCUGGAGAGUCGCAAGUGUGACAUCACAUCCUGUCCAAGAGGAUUCUUCCUGAAUAGGUGAGGUUCUCAGAAGUAACAGGCAUAUACAGUCGUGGUCAAAAGUUUUGAGAAUGACACAAGUAUUGGUCUUCACAAAGUUUGCUGCUUCAGUGUUUUUAGAUAUUUUUGUCAGAUGUUACUAUGGUAUACUGAUUACAAGCAUUCCAUAAGUGUCAAAGGCUUUUAUUGACAAUUACAUUAAGUUUAUGCAAAGAGUCAAUAUUUGCAGUGUUGACCCUUCUUUUUCAAGACCUCUGCAAUCCGCCCUGGCAUGCUGUCAAUUAACUUCUGGGCCACAUCCUGACUGAUGGCAGCCCAUUCUUGCAUAAUCAAUGCUCGGAGUUUGUCAGAAUUUGUGGGUUUUUGUUUGUCCACCCGCCUCUUAAGGAUUGACCACAAGUUCUCAAUGGGAUUAAGGUCUGGGGAGUUUCCUGGCCAUGGAUCCAACAUUUCAAUGUUUUGUUCCCUGAGCCACUUAGUUAUCACUUUUGCCUUAUGGCAAGGUGCUCCAUCAUGCUGGAAAAGGCAUUGUUCGUCACCAAACAGUUCUUGGAUGGUUGGGAGAAGUUGCUCUCGGAGGAUGUGUUGGUACCAUUCUUUAUUCAUGACUGUGUUCUUAGGCAAAAUUGUGAGUGAGCCCACUCCCUUGGCUGAGAAGCAACCCCACACAUGAAUGGUCUCAGGAUGUUUUACUGUUGGCAUGACACAGGACUGAUGGUAGCGCUCACUUUGUCUUCUCCGGACAAGCUUUUUUCAGGAUGCCCCAAACAAUCGGAAAGGGGAUUUAUCAGAGAAAAUGACUUUACCCCAGUCCUCAGCAGUCCAAUCCCUGUACCUUUUGCAGAAUAUCAGUCUGUCUCUGAUGUUUUUCCUGGAGAGUAGUGGCUUCCUCACUGCCCUUCUUGACACCAGGCCAUCCUCCAAAAGUCUUUGCCUCACUGUGCGUGCAGAUGCACUCACACCUGCCUACUGCCAUUCCUGAGCAAGCUCUGCACUGAUGGUGCCCCGAUCCCGCAGCUGAAUCAACUUUAGGAGACGGUCCUGGCGCUUGCUGGACUUUCUUGGGUGCCCUGAAGCCUUCUUCACAACUAUUGAACCUCUCUCCUUGAAGUUCUUGAUGAUCCAAUAAAUGGUUGAUUUAGGUGCAAUCUUACUAGCAGCAAUAUCCUUGCCUGUGAAGCCCUUUUUGUGCAAAGCAAUGAUGACGGCACGUGUUUCCUUGCAGGUAACCAUUGAUAACAGAGGAAGAACAAUGAUUUCAAGCACCACCCUCCUUUUAAAGCUUCCAGUCUGUUAUUCUAACUCAAUCAGCAUGACAGAGUGAUCUCCAGCCUUGUCCUCGUCAACACUCUCACCUGUGUUAACGAGAGAAUCACUGACAUUGUCAAAAGAACCGAUGUGGAUGUGGUGGAGGAGUCAGGCGCAGGACACAGAGGAUUCGUCCAAAAAGACUUUACUAGUCCAAAGUGCAACAAAACAAUACACGACCUCGAAAACAAACGGAGGCGAGGGAAUUACGCAACAUGCGUAAAACAAUAAACAAAACUAACAGAGCGCAAACUCGCAGCUCCGCACGACAGGCAAACAACAACACACAAUCUAACUAAUACAAAACAGGGAACUUAUAGGACACGUAAUCAGAACACAAACAGACACAGGUGUACAAGACAGACUAAAGCAAUCACACCACGAAACAUACAAUGGUGGCAGCUAGUACUCCGGGGACGGCGAACGCCAAAGCCUGCCCGAACCAGGAGGAGGAGCAGUCUCGGCCGAAACCGUGACAGACAUGAUGUCAGCUGGUCCUUUUGUGGCAGGGCUGAAAUGCAGUGGAAAAGUUUUUUGGGGAUUAAGUUCAUUUUCAUGGCAAAGAGGGACUUUGCAAUUAAUUGCAAUUCAUCUGAUCACUCUUCAUAACAUUCUGGAGUAUGUGCAAAUUGCCAUCAUAAAAACUGAGGCAGCAGACUUUGUGAAAAUUAGUAUUUGUGUCAUUCUCAAAACCUUUGACCACGACUGUAUAGUGGGGUCCGAAAUUAUUGACACCCUUGAUAAAGAUGAGCUAUAAUGACUGUAUAAAAUAAAUUAUUCAAAUAUUGAUCUAUAUUUUAUGCACAAAAAAAAGUAAACAAUUAUUACUUGUUAAACAAAAUCUCUUUCUCUGAGCAAUUGUAUAAGUAUAAAAUAAUAUCAUUUCCCAAUUUUUUGAACAUACAAUCUAGCUCAGUAUGUGAAUUAUUUAUUUUAUACUGUCAUUAUUGCUCAUCUUUAUCAAGGGUGUCAAUAAUUUCGGACCCCAAUGUACAUGUUAUCCAUACAAGAUUACUUCAGUCAAUAUAUCUCAGCUGGAUAUUGUUAUUAUCACAUCAAUGACAGCAGCAAUGUGUGUGUGUUGUGUGUGUGUGUGUGUGUGUGUGUGUGUGUGUGUGGUGUGUGUUGUGUGUGUGUUCCAGGUCUACAGUAGAGGUGUUUGAUCCUCGGCCAACCUCGUCCUCUCCAGUCAGCCACUGCCUCACUGACCUGCUGUCUCACAUCAGCCCUGCCUUCAAACAGGCUCUCGCCGCUCUCAGAGCCAGGUAACAGACACACACACACACACUCACACAUUAACACUCACACACUCACACUCACACUCACAGUCACACACACACACACACACACACACACACACACACACACACACACACACACACACACACACACACACACACACACACCCACACACACACACACACACACACACACACACACACACACCACACACACACACACACACACACACCACACACACACACACACACACACACACACACACACACAGAGACCCAAUGUUCUGUAUGGGUAAUGUAGUGUCUGCCCCUACUCCCUGUAGGCCUCAACUGCCCCCAGUAGAAACGAUGCCGACUCCCUACCGCACACUGAGCUGGCUGGGUCAACCAUCAGCCUCCCACUCCCACAGAAACUCUCUCAGCAGGCUGGGACUGGAUCAACCCUCUGGAGCACAGGUCUGUGUCACACACACACACACACACACACACACACACACACACACACACACACAGUUUAACAGCUCUUCUCAGUGUUUAAGCCAGGCCGAAAGACGGAUGGACGAAAAACCAACCGACCGACCAAGUGACUGAUUGUCUGACCAAUUGACUGAUUGAUUUGGUGUUUGUGAUGUGAAGGCUCUAGACUGGAACGAGGAGCUGCAGGCAGCCAGAGAUCUGCCUCAGGGGAGUCAAGAGGAGAGACUACAGAGAGACAGAGCUCUACUACAGGUACACACACACUUCAUACUCACUAGGAGUCCUUUAGGAAGUAUUCACUGCUGACAAGCAGUUAUUGUUGCUCUCAAAAAAUGAUAUGUCAUGUUGCUGUGCUUGAACCGUAAGGCUAUUUAGACAUUUCUAGAAAAUACAUUCUUCUCUCAUCACUCCCUUUCAGGUGAACAGUGCGUUUGUGUGGGCAGUGGCCCAGGGUGCGGAGACUGUUAUUGACGGCUGUGUAGAGCCAAUCAGUGGAGGUCCUGAUGACCCCGCCUUUCUGUGGGGCGGGCUGUUCCUGAGCCAGGGAGGAGCAGGGAUGGCGUUAGGGGGCGAGAGGGGACGCAGGUAAGAUCUUGUUCAGCUUGUCUCCAGCGGGUCUCAUUGUAUGUAGAUAGAGAAUGACCAGUCUUUUUCAUAGUGUAUAAUCACAGAAAAUCCUGUUGAACCCAUCAUGCUGCUGUAUAACAACACACCCCUCCCUCCCAGGGUGGCCCAGAGGCUGGAGCUGAGGGGUGUACAGUCCUACAGUGACCUAGAGGGGGCGCUCCAGGGCCUCCACACCCUGCCCACCGCCACCGUGGACUAUAGGGGGAUCCGUCUGUCUGCCCAAGGCCUGGCCCCCGGCCUGGAGGGCCCAGAGCAGGACCAGGGCCCCUCUGCUCCUACCAGGUACAACUCAAUAACAACAUAAACAUUAGCUGUUAUAUGCUCCCCAGUGAUUUGUUUAAUUAGGACAGUGUUUGCACCUGCAAUUAGUCUUUGUCGAGAGCAUGCCACCCUCACCUUUUCCCACCUUCUCUCCCCUCAUCUCUCUCUCCCUCUCUCCCCCUCUCUCCCCCUCUCUCCCUCUCUCUCUCUCCCCCAGGGGUAUUCUAUACGGGGUGGGUGCUAGGCCCCAGGAGUCCCCCCACCGACGUUGUCUCUUGGAGCUGCUGGCCCAGGCUGCUAAAGGCCUCAACCUGCAGAGACACGCUGUAGUGGGGCCCAACGGCCACCAGGUGCCUCUGUUCACCGCACUGGAUGCCCAGGGGCUGCUGGGGGCUGAUGGGAGGUUCUACCUGCUAGACCUCUUCAGGAGCCUGCCGGCCGAUGCCAACUACUGCCCUGAGGGAGGUAGACAGAGAGAGCAGGUGGAGAAGAAGGAGGGAUCAGGGGAGGAGGGCUGGCCAGAGCAGUACCAGAGCACUUCAGGUCUGCCCAGGAGGUUCCCUCAUGGCCUCUGUAGGCUGAGACCAGAGCUGCUGCAGGCCUUCAUCCAGGACAAGUCAGUACUAUACACCUCUAGUUAGUUAUACUGUAGUAAUAGUUAUUAUGUACUGUAUGUAUGUGGGACAGUCUGUUUACAGUAACUCUGCAGUAAGAUGUCACAUUUCUAAAUGUUUUGUUUGUAUUGUGUUGUUUCUAAGAUUGUUCCCUCCCUCCCUCUGUUCCAGACGGUCCCAGUUCACUCGCCGCUGCAAAGAAAGGAUGGAAGAGAAUGGAGGGGUGGAGGAGUGUGUAAAAGCAGGUGAGGAAAGACAGUUUUUAUUUUCGGUCUAGGUUUCAAGACUACAUGUAAUAUCAGAGCUGACACAUAUUAUUUUGUGUGUGUGUGUGUGUGUGUGUGUGUGUGUGUGUUCCCAGGUGACCCUCGAGGUACAGAUGCAGUGAGAGGUGCUUGUAAAGAUGUGGGAUCAGUCAGUGACAUCAUCUUUGAGAUGCGCUUCAAUCCCAGCGUGUUCUCCCCAGGUAUAAAUAAUAAAUAAUAUUAUGCCAUUUAGCAGACGCUUUUAUCCAAAGCGACUUACAGUCAUGCGUGCAUACAUUUCUUUGUGUAUGGGUGGUCCCGGGGAUCGAACCCACUACCUUUUGGCGUUACAAGCGCCGUGCUCUACCAGCUGAGCUACAGAGGACCAGGUAUCUCAUCUGCUCCACACAUGCACGAACACACACAACACACACCCUCCCCUUCCCGAUACAGCUGAGCCAAAACCACUGUUGUGACAUACCAGAGUGUAAAAGUUGACCCUGUCUCUGUCUCACCCCUCUGUGUGUUCAGACGUGGCGUUCCCCAAGAGUGACCAUGAGGCCGUGAGGCUGCAGGAGAGGCUACUUAGAGAGGCUGCAGCCUCCAUCAUCACACAACAGAUACCUGCAAUCGUGAGUGGAGCUCUAUAUUCCUGGAGUUCAGUUUAUCAACCUGUUGUAACCUGUCUCUUACUCUAGCUGUCUGUGUGUCUCAGGUGGAGGCGUGCCUGCAGGGCAGUGAAAUGCCUCUAGAUGGCGCUACGCUGAAGCAAGCGCUGCACCAGAAGGGCAUCAACCUCCGCUACCUCGGCCAGCUGACCAAGGCCAUCAGCCAAUCAGAACACAAGGAGCGGCUUAGACACAUAAUGGUCAGACUCAAAACUCACUCACACACACACACAACGGCACUCGAAGGACAGGAAAUACAUACACUGAGUGUACAAAACAUUAGGAACAUGCUCUUUCCAUGACAUAGACUGACCAGGUGAAUCCAAGUGAAAGCUAUGAUCCCUUAUUGAUGUCACUUGUUAAAUCCACUUCAAUCAGUGUAGAUGAAGUGGAGGAGACAGGUUAAAGAAUGAUUUUUAAGCCUUGAGACAAUUGACACAUGAGUCGUGUAUGUGUGCCAUUCAGAGGGUGAAUGGGCAAGACAAAAUAUUUAAGUGUCUUUCAGCAGGGUAUGGUAGUAGGUGCACCAGUUUGUGUCAAGAAUUGCAACGCUGCUGGGUUUUUCACGCUCAAAAGUUUCCCGUGUGUAUCAAGAAUGGUCCACCACCAAAAGGACAUCCAGCCAACCUGUGGGAAGCAUUGGAGUCAAUAUGGCCAGCAUCUCUGUGGAAUGCUUUCGACACCUUGUUGAGUCCAUGCCCCGACAAGGCUGUUCUGUUCUGAGGGCAAAAGGGGGUGCAACUCAAUAUUAGGAAGGUGUUCCUAAUGUUUUGUACACUCAGUGUAUGUAUAUAUACAGUCGUGGUCAAAAGUUUUGAGAAUGACACAAAUAUUAAUUUUCACAAAGUCUGCUGCCUCCGUUUUUAUGAUGGCAAUUUGCAUAUACUCCAGAAUGUUAUGAAGAGUGAUCAAAUGAAUUUCAAUUAAUUGCAAAGUCCCUCUUUGCCAUGAAAAUGAACUUAAUCCCUAAAAAACAUUUCCACUGCAUUUCAGCCCUGCCACAAAAGGACCAGCUGACAUCAUGUCAGUGAUUCUCUCAUUAACACAGGUGAGAGUGUUGACGAGGACAAGGCUGGAGAUCACUCUGUCAUGCUGAUUGAGUUAGAAUAACAGACUGGAAGCUUUAAAAGGAGGGUGGUGCUUGAAAUCAUUGUUCUUCCUCUGUUAGCAAUGGUUACCUGCAAGGAAACAUGUGCCGUCAUCAUUGCUUUGCACAAAAAGGGCUUCACAGGCAAGGAUAUUGCUGCUAGUAAGAUUGCACCUAAAUCAACCAUUUAUCGGAUCAUCAAGAACUUCAAGGAGAGAGGUUCAAUAGUUGUGAAGAAGGCUUCAGGGCACCCAAGAAAUUCCAGCAAGCGCCAGGACCGUCUCCUAAAGUUGAUUCAGCUGCGGGAUCGGAGCACCAUCAGUGCAAAGCUUGCUCAGGAAUGGCAGCAGGCAGGUGUGAGUGUAUCUGCACGCACAGUGAGGCAAAUACUUUUGGAGGAUGGCCUGGUGUCAAGAAAGGCAGCGAGGAAGCCACUUCUCUCCAGGAAAAACAUCAGAGACAGACUGAUAUUCUGCAAAAGGUACAGGGAUUGGACUGCUGAGGACUGGGGUAAAGUCAUUUUCUCUGAUGAAUCCCCUUUCCGAUUGUUUGGGGCAUCCGGAAGAAAGCUUGUCCGGAGAAGACUAGGUGAGCGCUACCAUCAGUCCUGUGUCAUGCCAACAGUAAAGCAUCCUGAGACCAUUCAUGUGUGGGGUUGCUUCUCAGCCAAGGGAGUGGGCUCACUCACAAUUUUGCCUAAGAACACAGCCAUGAAUAAAGAAUGGUACCAACACAUCCUCCGAGAGCAACUUCUCCCAACCAUCCAAUAACUGUUUGGUGACGAACAAUGCCUUUUCCAGCAUGAUGGAGCACCAUGCCAUAAGGCAAAAGUGAUAACUAAGUGGCUCGGGGAACAAAACAUAGACAUUUUGGGUCCAUGGCCAGGAAACUCCCCAGACCUUAAUCCCAUUGAGAACUUGUUGUCAAUCCUCAAGAGGCGGGUGGACAAACAAAAACCCACAAAUUCUGACAAACUCCGAGCAUUGAUUAUGCAAGAAUGGGCUGCCAUCAGUCAGGAUGUGGCCCAGAAGUUAAUUGACAGCAUGCCAGGGCGGAUUGCAGAGGUCUUGAAAAAGAAAGGUCAACACUGCAAAUAUUGACUCUUUGCAUAAACUUAAUGUAAUUGUCAAUAAAAGCCUUUGACACUUAUGGAAUGCUUGUAAUUAUACUUCAGUAUACCAUAGUAACAUCUGACAAAUAUCUAAAAACACUGAAACGGCAAACUUUGUGAAGACCAAUACUUGUGUCAUUCUCAAAACUUUUGACCACGACUGUAUAGGGGAGGCAGGUAGCCUAGCGGUAAUCCCUGAAUGGACAAGGUGAAAAAUCUGUUGAUGUGCCCUUAAGCACGUAACCCUAACUCUUCCGGGUCGCUGUUGAUAAUGGCAGACCCUGGCUAACUAUGACCCCAGUCUCAGGGGGAGUUUAUAAUUCACAUAUGUGUAUAAUACACACUUGUACAUGUGUGAAACAGGACAAAUAGCACCCACCUAAAUAUUUUUUAUACACGCUUUGAUAGUGAUUUUCUAAAUGUUACGCUCUCUCUCUUUUCUCUCUUAGAGGCUGGCUGUUGGAGAGAUUGUGGUUCGUUCUUCCAGAAGGAUCUUCAACAACUUCCUCCAGGUACUGAAACAGUCUUCAUCACAGUGUCAUUAUCACAGUCCUUAUUAACUGGUCUGGGGUCAGUUCCCCGUACUGGGUGUAGGGAAAGCAUCAUUACUCUCGGUAACCACAGCUACCUCCUCUCCUCUGUCCACAGGGUGUGGAGGUGUCAAGUCUCUCUGCAGCUGUCAGUCACUUCCUCUGCUGCCUAUUGGUUGGCCAUUACAGCACCGCCCCCACAGGGGAGGAGCCUAAGAAGAGGUCCAGGAGGCGGGGUCGUGGGGGAGGAGCUUCAGACAGUGCUGCCUGGAGCGCGCUCAGUGGAGCCGAGCUCUGGAGCCUGAUUGGCCAGGACGCAGCAGAGACCUAUGACAUCACUCACGGCCUAGGGUUGGCACAUUUAAUGAAUUAGUCAUCAAUCGAUUAAUCAACCAAUCAGUCCAUCACUUGUUACUUGUACAGUUCCUUAUGUUGUCACCUAAUGAUUAUGAUAGUAUAAUAAUACCAGUAGUUACAGUGCGAGCUGAUGUUUUAUGUGUCUCUGUGUUGCAGUUCCACUGCUGACCACCUGGUAGAGAUGUAUGGGCUGCAGAAGGUCUCCCUGCUUAGAGAGUUCUGUUUGAAGACUGGUUUACAGGUACACACACACACACAUACACACACACACACACACCUGCUCACACUGAGACCUCACCAUCUUUAUUUGUGUCCCCCAGCUGCGACUGAGAGAGUACUUCUUCGACAACCAAACUAAGGCUCCCAUUGGUCCAGAUGAUGUGCUCAACAUCUUUCCCAUUGUCAAGCAUGUCACCAUGACGACACAUGAUGCCUCGCGAGCGUUCCGAGCUGCUCAGAGUAGCGUUCAGAAAGGUGAGGUGGGCGGGUCACUACUUGGUUUAACACACUUGGUUAGAGUUUGUUGGUGUGUGUAUUUCUGUCCUUGAUGCCAGCGGAUGUGAUAUGUAUGUGUACCUGUCCCCCAGGCAUGAUGGAGCAGGCAUAUGAGCGUCUGAAGGAGGCAGCGUACCUGUUUGGCCGUGUGUCUGACGACCUAAACGCAGAAGCCUGCUCCUGUCUAAGCCUGAUGGCCAGAGUGGCUUACCUACAAGGCCAGCCCACAGAGGUAUACACACACACCUCAGAUGAUGGCCUCAAAUGUAAGGCAUAGGUUUGUACGGCUGUGUAACUAUUAUCCUGUGCCUCUCUACCCCUACCCACAACCCACCAGGCCCGCAGUGUCCAGCUCAAGGCUGUGGUCAUCAGUGAGAGAGUCCUGGGCUUUGACCACCCCAACACUAUCCAACAAUACGUAAGUACCACAACUCUCCUUUAAACCACCACCGUCCACCAGGGAAAUCAAAACUCCAAAGAUCAACAAACAACAAGUGUGCCUUUGUAUACCUUAUUUAUUUGUCAUCCAAGUCAUCUUUAGCUAAGUGAAUGAGGUGUGUGUCCUGUAGGCUCUGUUGGCGGUAUAUGUGUUCGCUGGAGGAGAGUCUGCUCUAGCUCAGAGGUGUCUGUUCAGAGCCCGUCUCCUGAUGCUCACAGUUCAUGGAGAGGACCACCCCUACACCGCUACACUGGACGUAAGUCUGCUACACUCCAAACCUACACGUUAUACUGGAAGUGAGUCUGCCAUACCCUAACCCACCCCUACACUGUUAUACCCCCAAACCCAAGACCUCUGCUCUGCUAGAGGAGACUAAACUAUCUCCCUCUCUCUCUCAGAGCUGUCUAGGUUUGGUGUUGCCGAGCGAACAAGCAGGGCAGUUCCUACAGAGCGCACUCAAAAUCAACACUUCCUUCUUUGGCCCCACCGACGUGCACACUGCUCUCAGGUAUCAAUCGCUUAAAUCCCUCACUCUCUCAACCAAUCAACCAAGUAACUACUCAGUCACUAUCUCCCCCCUCUCUCCAGUCAGCAUCUGUUGUCCCAGUGGAUGUGUGGAGUGGGAGACUAUCGUUCUGCCAUGAACCACGAGAAAGAAGCUCUGUCUGCCUUCACUAGCCUGGUCUGUACCUAGCAUACUCUCUGUGUGUGUGUGUGUGUGUGUGUGUGUGUGUGUGUGUGUGUGUGUGUGUGUGUGUAACCCUGUUGUCUCUCUCAGUAUGGUGAGGACCACCCCCAGAGACGUUGCAGCUAUGAGUUCCUGCGUUCCAUUACCCAGCAAGCAGUGCGUGUGGAACGCUCUCUGAGGCAAGGCGGGGACCCGCUCACAGCUGAGGUAAUAAAAUACUAUUCUGUUCUCUUUUUGUGUUUUAAAUAAGGUCCAGAGUAGGUGACCAUUAAAUCCCCUUCUGCCUGUCUCCUCUCUACCCAGGGGCAGUCUCUGUCUCCCUCAGCUGAGACCACUCUGGAGCAGCUGGCCCUGGUCACAGGCAUCAGGACACCAAGCCACAGGUAACACACAAGAGAAGGAUUGUAUUAUUAUUCAUGUAUUACCAAAAUUAUAUUAGCAGACAUGAAUCUAAGCGUGGUCUGGUCUCUUAGUGACAGGCUCCUGGAGUUCAAACAGAAGCUGAUGGAACAGAGAGAGGCAGUGGAGGCCGCUAACGCCAAACCAAACAACACACACACAGAAACAGUGAAUGGAAAGGAAGUGAAGACCCCUGAUAGAGAGAAAGAGGAGGAUGGGGUAGACCAGGAGACCACCAGCGAGGAGCUGCCAGAAGAGGCAGGUCCAGAGAAGAACACAGCUGACAAACAGACAGCGGACAGCCAUCAACUGGAGGCCACUGAGUGGUCCGUAGAUGAGGGCUCAAUAGUGGAGGGCUUAGUAGUGGAGGAGGACUCAGCAGCAGAGAGUAAAGCAGUAGAGAGUGGAGCUGUAGUAGAAUUCAGUGAGAGAGAUGGAGAUGAAGACAGAGCUGCCCCAGAGGCUGAGCAGCACACAGGGACAGAGGAUGGAGAGGCAAACCUGAUGGCUACAGAGGAAUUGCAAACUGAGCCAGUCAGAGACCAUAUAGAGGGGAGUCAGAGUCUGACACAAAAUGGAGGUUUAGAAUCUGAGGGAAACCAAUCAGACAACCUGGUGGAGGUAGCCAAUGAGAAGCCAGGGUCAGAUAAGGUCAGCGGUGUGAACAAAACACCAAGCACAAGCAAUGACCAAUCAGAGCCUCAGGAGGUCUUAGUGAACAGGGACGCCUCAACAACCAUCAGCCAAACAAAACUAACACUGGUCACAGCAGAGGGUGAGAUGCUAGCUAAUGGAACAGUGGUGUCAGAGAGGGAGGACUGA